AUUGGCCGGGAGGGAAUGCGUCAUAACGCUCCUCCAACGAAUUGACUCCCCCCCUUAGUGAGUGGUGCUCUUUCAGGGGGCGGGGCCAAUAAGCAUGGCUGAAGGAGGUUCCUGGAGGCCUCCUCGAGCAUGUGAUGACUACUGGUCUGAAUGGAAACACUGUCGGAGCAUCCGAAACCUUUUCCAUCACUACUAUACUUAUGGGGAAGCCCCUUCUUGCAGGCAGUGGAAAAAGGACUAUGAGAACUGCACAGAGUGGGAGAAAACAAAAAGUUCAGUAGCAAAGGACUCUCUUUGUAAGAGUGAAAAAGAGCGGACUUUGGCAAAAGAGAAGCAUGCUCCAGUGUGGAACUUAAGGAAAAGCCCUCCAGUGGACUGGUACAUGCCUCUUGAUGAAGGCAAACCAAAAUGAGGGGGGAGUUUGGCUGUAUUGCUUUGGAGUUCUUUCAAGAAAAGUGUUGUGUGGAAGUAUCUUUGCUGCCAAGGGUCACAUACCUCACUGCAGUUGUGCCACAUCAUUUUCAAAGAAAAUAUAAAAUACCUGUUUUCUUA